ACGCGCCAAAAACUCCCUCGCCCAUGGCGUCGGACUCUGUUAAGCAUAUGCCUAUUCACGGCGUCUCCGCCUUCUCCUCCGUCACCGUCGAAAUCAAAAACUUUUUCUCCGCCGUGAAACCAAGAAAAACCUCAACUUUCGUCUACGCUUUCGUCGUAACUUUUGUUGCCUUCACUGUUUUCUUAGCCUUUAGUCCUUCUCCCAUCACAGUCGCACUCGCUCCUUCCAUUUCUUCCUAUAUUCUCCCUAAUGUUACUGUCUCGAAUUCAUCCAACUCUUUACCGUCGACCCUCGAUUCCAAUUUCACAAUAUUGCGGACACCGGCGCCGGGAAAUCUCACGGCAGUUACUAAAAACGUAACCUUUGAGUCCACCAUCGCAAAUGGGACAACAGACCCGACCGCUAAAAACAACACUUUUCAGUUCCAGACCAAUCAUGUAAAGGAAAACAUAUCGUGUCCUGACAACAAGAAGACUGAUGAUACUGCUCGAGAUUUGGACAAACAUGGAGCAAGGAAAGCACCUCUGUCGGAGGUUCUAGCCGUCAAUUCCUCUGCUUCUCAGAUGAGAAAACAGAGAAGGAAGUCGUCGCUGAGAAAAGUGAUCGAGUCUCUGAAGAGUUGCGAGUUUUUCGAGGGAGAUUGGGUCAGAGACGAUUCGUAUCCGCUCUACAAACCCGGUUCGUGUAAUCUGAUCGAUGAACAGUUUAAUUGUAUCUCUAACGGAAGACCUGACGUGGAUUUCCAGAAAUUGAAAUGGAAACCAAAGAAAUGCUCUCUACCAAGGUUAAAUGGAGGUAAAUUGCUGGAGAUGAUUAGAGGAAAAAGGCUAGUGUUUGUUGGAGAUUCGCUGAAUAGAAACAUGUGGGAGUCUUUGGUUUGCAUUCUUAAAGGAUCAGUGAAAGAUGAGAGUCAAGUCUUUGAGGCUCAUGGAAGGCAUCAAUUCCGUUGGGAGGCUGAGUACUCUUUCGUCUUCAAAGAUUAUAAUUGCACUGUGGAGUUCUUUGCAUCGCCUUUCUUGGUUCAAGAAUGGGAAGUUACAGAGAAGAACGGGACGAAGAAGGAGACUUUGCGGUUAGAUUUGGUCGGGAAGUCAUCGGAGCAGUACAAAGGAGCGGAUAUUCUUGUAUUCAAUACCGGACAUUGGUGGACUCAUGAGAAAACUUCCAAAGGGGAGGAUUAUUAUCAAGAAGGGAGCAAUGUUCACCCGAAACUCCAUGUGGAUGAAGCUUUUCGAAAAGCAUUGACGACUUGGGGUCGAUGGGUUGAUAAGAAUGUGAAUCCAAAGAAAUCCCUUGUUUUUUUCCGUGGUUAUUCCCCGUCACAUUUCAGCGGCGGGCAAUGGAAUGCGGGAGGAGCAUGCGAUGAUGAAACAGAACCGAUCAAGAACGAGACUUACCUAACUCCUUACAUGUUGAAGAUGGAGAUACUUGAAAGAGUUCUCAGGGGAAUGAAAACGCCAGUCACGUAUCUCAACAUCACGAGGUUAACUGAUUACAGGAAGGACGCUCACCCGUCGAUAUACCGGAAACAAAAACUAUCCGCAGAAGAAAGUAAAUCACCAUUGUUGUACCAAGACUGUAGCCACUGGUGCCUCCCUGGGGUGCCUGAUUCUUGGAACGAGAUUCUCUAUGCCGAGAUACUCGUAAAACUUGACCAGCUUGGUGGCAGAAGACGGCGGAAACCCCUAAAAGAUCAUAGGAGUUGAAUCUGCAUCCUUAUAGAUGAAUACAGAACUUUAAAUGGU